AUUACUCGCCCCGACGGCGGGGUCUUCGACUGGCGCACGACUUUAUCCCCCCCUCCUCCCUUUCCUCUCCCCUUCCUUCCUUCGUCCCCUCCGCCUCCCCACACCCCUACCCAACCAAUUUGCUGACGCCCACACUGACGAGCGACGCGCCGGCGGAAGAAUCAUGGCCUGAGCCGAGCCCGGGAUCCUCGCCGACGGCCGCCGCGGAAUGGGUGCUGUAAAGGAUAGCUUCGCUGUGCUGCUCAAGGAAGGCAUCUUCUUGUCUGUGUAGUUAUUAGUUGUUUGGGUGCUAUAAAGUGUUUCGGCCGUGGAUCAGGACUGGGAGAUACUGCAGUAAGGGUAAGGAAGAAGAAAGCAUUUGGAGAGUCACAAGAUGGAAGAAGGUCAAGAAAGCAGGUACUGGUGCCACAGCUGCGCCGAGGUGAUCGUUCCUGUGGAGCCGGAGAAGAAGUGCCCAGACUGUGAUGGCGGCUUCGUGGAAGAGAUGGGGUCCGAGGGCUUUGAGCCGUCCACGAACGUGAGGUCUGAGCGGAACCUCUCGCUCUGGGCCCCGCUGCUGCUUGGGAUGAUGGGGGGUUCGUCUCGGCGAUCAAGGCCCCAGAGGGAUAUGAUGGAUUCUUCUUCUGAUGAGGACUCACGCCAAGCAAGGAUCAGGAGUGCCCUGAGGGAUACUGAUGAUGAGGAUGAAGAUGAUGAUGAUGAUGAUUCUGACCGUGAGCUUGAAGACAUGAUUAGGAGGCGAAGGAGGAGGGGCUCGUCGCUUGUCAGGCUGCUCCAGACCCUCCGUGAUGACUUAAGGGGUUUGGAUGGCAUUGGCAGGGACAGGGACAGGGACAGGGACAGCGAGAGAGACCGGGAGAGGGAGAGGGAAAGAAGGGACAGGGAGAGAAGGGAGAGGGAGAGGGCUAGAAGAGAGAGGGAAAGAGCAAGGGAGAGAGACCGAGGGGGAGAAAGGACAGAGAGCUUAAUAUUGAUAAACUCCAACAAUGAGGCCAUUAUUCUCCAAGGAACAUUUGGACCUAGUGACAACCAAGAGAACUCAAGCAACACAAGUACUGGCGUUUCACUUGGUGACUACUUUCUUGGUCCUGGCCUAGAUAUGCUCUUGCAGCGUUUGGCAGACAGUGACCUGAAUCGUUCUGGGACUCCGCCUGCCAAGAAGGAAUCUGUGGCAGCAUUGCCAACUGUGAACAUCCAGGAAGUACUGGGCUGUACAGUCUGUCUUGAGGAGUUUGAAAUGGGGACGGAGGCGAAGGAGAUGCCUUGUCAACACAAAUUUCACUCCAAUUGCAUCCUUCCAUGGCUGGAGCUCCACAGUUCUUGCCCAAUUUGUCGAUUUCAGUUGCCUACAGAGGAGUCAAAGAACCCAUGUGAAUCAGGCAGUGGUGGUGGGACAGUGAGUGCUGAUGGAGAUCAUGCUGAGUCAAGUAAUAGUGAUAUAGAAGGUGCUAACCAUGAUGGAGGCAGUCUGCUUGAUGAAAGUUCAAUAAAUGAUAGAGAUGUGACGUCUGCGUUGAACGCGAUCUUCGGAGAUGGAUCCUCAUCAUCCUCAUCUGAUGAAAAUGGUCCACGUUCUUCCGAGAGCUGAAGCCAGCAUCGCCCUGGCUCCCGUGCUUCCAACAUGUAGACGGAGUCCCGAAAGAAGACUCCCAUGAGGCCGGCGUCUUUAUGCUGUGGUUUCCUGUAAAUAUUUCAAUUCGACCCUGCAAGACAAAGCUGUUUAUCUUCGCUUCUUAUGAAACCUACCUGGCUUGUAACGGUUUAAUGCCCGCCGCCGUAUUUACAGUAUGCGUGUGUGUGUGUGAAAUAAAAGUACUCUAGUCUGUUGUUUU